GAGUCCUCACGAUAGUCACACCUCUCCUUUGGGCCUAGCAGGGCCAGAGAAAGACGGAAUCACUCUACCCACUCAGGUUGCCCAGAGAGCACUUUAGGUUCUGACCCGCGUGGGGCGCGAGGUCCCCCGUGGGGCAGCUAGGUGCCUCCAAGAAACCCCGCCCCAGAGGACCCGCACGAGUUGCUGCCAUUUUUCGCUGAAGCCCCUGCCCUGGGGCUGGUGUUCUUCUCUAUGAUUCUACCAAUCGUCGGCAUUUUUUUCCUCCCUUCUUUCUUUUUAGGAGGGCUCUGGGGUGUGCGGCGGCAACGGCGGCGGUGAAGGGAUCCUCUUGUGGUAUCUCCUCGUGGGUUCCUGUCUUGAAGGAUUUCUUCUCCGCCUCAACUUUGUGUUCAAGUAGCGCUUUGGGGGUUGGGUUGGUUUUCAUAGCCCCCACCCCCGGCCCUCUCCUUUUAAAGGGUGUGUGGAGUUCAGAGGAUGGGUGGAGAGCGGGCUUGGCCGGAACUGAAUUGGUGGAGCCCGGAGAAAUAGGGGAGUGGGGGCCCAAGAACGAGAAGACGAGAACGCGUCGCCCUGCGCUAUGUCAGAAUGGGGCGGGUGUGAGGGGAACAGCUCUCUUGCUAUCAGCUCAGGAGUAUGAGCCUCCCGGAGGACGGCAUGAGUUUUGGACACUUCAGGAGUCCUCAGCUAGUGACAUGGUCGGUCACUGCUUCUGUUCGGAACAGAGAUCCCCCUGAGAUAGAAUACAGAAGUAAUAUGACUUCUCCAACACUCCUGGAUGCCAACCCCAUGGAGAACCCAGCACUGUUUAAUGACAUCAAGAUUGAGCCCCCAGAAGAACUUUUGGCUAGUGAUUUCAGCCUGCCCCAAGUGGAACCAGUUGACCUCUCCUUUCACAAGCCCAAGGCUCCUCUCCAGCCUGCUAGCAUGCUACAAGCUCCAAUACGUCCCCCCAAGCCACAGUCUUCUCCCCAGACCCUUGUGGUGUCCACGUCAACAUCUGACAUGAGCACUUCAGCAAACAUUCCUACUGUUCUGACCCCAGGCUCUGUCCUGACCUCUCAGAGCACUGGUGGCCAGCAGAUCUUACAUGUCAUUCACACUAUCCCCUCAGUCAGUCUGCCAAAUAAGAUGGGUGGCCUGAAGACCAUCCCAGUGGUAGUGCAGUCUCUGCCCAUGGUGUAUACUACUUUGCCUGCAGAUGGGGGCCCUGCAGCCAUUACAGUCCCACUCAUUGGAGGAGAUGGUAAAAAUGCUGGAUCAGUGAAAGUUGACCCCACCUCCAUGUCUCCACUGGAAAUUCCAAGUGACAGUGAGGAGAGUACAAUUGAGAGUGGAUCCUCAGCCUUACAGAGUCUGCAGGGACUACAGCAAGAACCAGCAGCAAUGGCCCAAAUGCAGGGAGAAGAGUCGCUUGACUUGAAGAGAAGACGGAUUCACCAAUGUGACUUUGCAGGAUGCAGCAAAGUGUACACCAAGAGCUCUCACCUGAAAGCUCACCGCAGAAUCCAUACAGGAGAGAAGCCUUAUAAAUGCACCUGGGAUGGCUGCUCCUGGAAAUUUGCUCGCUCAGAUGAGCUCACUCGCCAUUUCCGCAAGCACACAGGCAUCAAGCCUUUUCGGUGCACAGACUGCAACCGCAGCUUUUCUCGUUCUGACCACCUGUCCCUGCAUCGCCGUCGCCAUGACACCAUGUGAGCUGCACAGGUCACACUAGAGAAGCUGCGCUGGUAUCUUUCCUGUGCGUGUGCUGAGGUCGGGACAAUUUUUUCCUCUUUGACUUCAGCUUGCAUAUGGGGUUGAAGCAGCCCACUGAGCCAAGUUGAGGAGACUGGAGGAAAAGAGAGCUGGUCUCCCGUGGGGCCCUUCAUAUUCUACCUUCACUUCUCCACUGUCCAGAUCCGUUUUUUUCAACCUCCACAUGGGUUGAAUUCCAGUGUGGCACCCAUGGCUGCCUUCCCAUCCCCCCUGCUCUGAAAUAGGACAUUUUUCCUACAGUAACAAAACAGGAAUCAAACUCAAGGCUGUGAACAAACAUACGCUGCUUUAUUCUUUCCAGUUUUUCUCUUGUUUUCUAGAACUCUUAUCCAUAUGUUUUUUAAAUAAGUACCUAAAAGUGGUUUGAUAGUGUCCUAAAUGACUUUUUUAACUUCCUAAAUGGAAAGAGCAUAACAGUGUAGUUGAUUGGUAAGAUUUACAGGGAUUUGGUUUCUGAGUUUGAGGCACAUCCCCAGUGAAUAAGCUGAGUCCCAUACCACACUCAAAAGGUUUUAAUAAAUCUAAUCCUAUUUCUUCUUAAAGUUUGGUUUUCAGACAGUGCUGGUACUUCUGCUUCUUAAGUUCAUCAAGGGAAUGAGGAGUUCUUGUCCUUCUCCUCCUCUUUUUCUUCUUUUCCACUUUCUCCUUCGGGAUUAAAGAUUUUGCUGCACAAUUAUUAUUUGUUAGGUUAAAUUUGGACAAAUAUUCAAAGCACACAUAGACAUAUCAGUAAGGAGAAAAAUGUUCCAGGAGAGUAGGUUGGGCAGUGACAGGAACAAACAGACCUAGGAUGAUCCUGAGAACAAAUAGAGGGAUUCAUUUACUUGGAUAGGAUAUCAAAAGUGCUGUUAAUCACAAACCUCAUUCAAAUGGCAGGCUGUCGAGACAGUGUCUUGAGGGGCUGGCUGUACUGUUUAUUUUUUCGUUUACACAAAGAAGCAAUUGAGUAUAUUGCAUGAUGAGAAAUCACACACUAGGGGCAUGUUAUACAGAAGUAAGGGGUUGGAAAAACGGAAUGUUGUUCACUCCAUGGAAUUAUUGGCAUUCAUUCCUGUGUUUCAAAUGAAACAUAAGAUGCUUUUCAUGAAAACUGACAUACAAAAAGCAAUUUGAUGUUCUGCAACUGCUAUGAAAACCUAAGCCAUUUAUUUUAGCUAUGAUAGCAGAUUGCAUAAUAUACUCAUUUAGCUGCCCAAUCAGAUUGUUUUAUAAUAUUACCUGGGGUACAAAAUCCUCUGUUCCUGGCCCUGGACCACAGAUCUACCUCCACAUGGCAUAUUUCCUUUCCUGGGGUCAGGGGUGGGGGAGGGGGCUUUGCAUCACUUGAAUUUGGACUCAGCCUCUCUUUUAAAGAUUGUCUUUAUAUUGAACACCUUUUUCUUUUCAACCCUGCUUGAAUACUUUAGGUUACUAUUUCCUGAGGCUGUCCAUUCUUACUAAAUUGUAGAAUUCUAGGCACCAAGAAGGGAUCCCAUUAACCAUCUAGUCCUACCCAUCUCUCAUAUUUUACAGAUGAGGCAAAUACGGGUCACAUUUUUUUCUCCAGAUGUUUCUUUGAGCCCUUAUACACCUGCACGCUUAUUCUCCUAGGGAUCACAUAAUUUUAUUUAUUUAUUUUUUGAGAGACGGUUUUACUCCGUCACCCAGGCUGGAGUGCAGUGGCGUAAUCUCAGCUCACUGCAACCUCCGCCUCCUGGAUUCAAGUGAUUCUCCUGCCUCAGCCUCCCAAAUAGCUUGGAUUACAGGUGCGUGCCACCACACCUGGCUAAGCUUUGUAUUAUUAGUAGAGAUGGGGUUUCGCCAUGUUGGCCAGGCUGGUCUCAAACUCCUGACCUCAAGUGAUCCCCCCACCUCCGCCUCCCAAAGUGCUGGGAUUACAGGCGUGAGCCACCACGCCUGGCCAGGAUCACAUUAUUAAACCAAAUUAAAGUUUAUGUGAUUGGUUGCAAUAUUUGUCUAAUUUUAUAUGUUAUUCUUCAGAAAAACUUUAGAACUCAAAAAUCAUUUACAGCUGAUUAAAUAGCAAGUAAAAUGUACUUGUGGUCAUUGCCGUAUAACAUUAGGCACACGCUUCUAACACUUCUAUAAUAUCUAGAUUUUAUUUACCUCAUUUUAACUUGCAAUGUCUGUCUAGCUCAUGAACUCUCCAUAAAUCCAAGAACUGCCUGUAGUUUUCAAAAUGACACAUGGGUUUUUACGGUUAUCAUUGUUAUUUCGAUAGGGCUUUUUCCUGAUUUUGGGUAUACAAGUUCCAAACUUGCAUAAUAAUUGCCAACGCACUAGGUGAUAUCUAGGGCCAGUCUGUUAAAGCGGACCUCUAAUGCAGCUGUAAGACAGAUUGGUAAAGAUGAACUAACAUAAGUUUAAGCUAAUAAUUCAGUAGUUGAUGCAGUAUUUCACAGUAGAGCCCGAGCUUACUCAUUUUCUUCAAAAUUUGGAUCCUGAUACUCCUUUUUCAGAGUUCAGAACUGAACUGCUCCCCUAAGAUCUCAGAAUCUUUUGCAUUGAGACAUAUGAUCUAUUUAUAAAUAAAGGUUAUCAAAUAUCUUGUUGAACUAAUUAGGUUGAUCAAAUUAGGAUCCCAAAUAUUGGGGUCCCUGACAUCUGAGCCUUUAUCUAAAAAUGUUUCUGUAACAUAAUGACAGCCUUUAUGUUUGUUAAUUGCCUAUAGUAAAGAAGCAAUUUUAAGCCUAUUCUCAUUUCCCUCUCCCCUCCAAAAAAUGAUAAAAGCUUUCUAAUUACUUA